AUGGGGUACAGCAUGUUUGGUGUGGACAUGGCCAGGACUACCACUGUGACUGUAAUAUGUGAAUCAGCGGGGGAGGGGGAAACCUGCGAUAACAAAGAAUACUGUAUCGCUCUCAGUGAAGAAAUCAUAACAGCAGAGUCUGGACUCUGUGUAGUGAUACCGUGCUCUUUCACUACUGCUGCUGAUGACUUCACUGUCAAAAACAUAAUUUGGUACAAAUGUGAUGGAGAUAAGGCAAACUGUGACUUAAACAAAAUAUUUGACACCAGUGAAACCAACAAAAAGCAGACGGGACGAGUGUCACUGUUGGAGCCUGACCCGAGUAAGAAGAAUUGCAGCAUCGUCAUCAAUGACCUCACUAAGUCAGACUCUGGAUCAUAUCAACUCACAGUUAAUGGUGCUCUGGGUGGAAAGGAGAGUGAAUGCACCUUCUCUCGUAAAACAACUGUUUCUGUUACAGAUCUGAGUCAGAAGCCCACAGUGAUCGUUCCUCUACUGACAGAAGGACAGAAGGCCACACUGACCUGCACUGCUCCUGGUCUCUGCUCUGGAUCCGUUCCUACAAUCACCUGGAUGUGGAGAGGAAGAGGAGAGAAAGCCACUGAAAUAACAGGAAAUCUAACAGAGAGAAAAACUGAGAAUCUAACUGCUGUCACUCAGAGACACAGCUCAACUUUGACCUUUAAUGCUUCAGCUGAACACCAAGGCACCCAGGUCACCUGUAAGGUCGGCUUCACAGGUGACACAGCAACAGAGGAGACGGUGACUCUGAAUGUGACCUAUAUCAAAAUAACUGGGAACACAACUGUGAAGGAAGGCGAUGCACUGAAUUUGACCUGCAGUGGUUACUCUUCAUCUGACAUCACAUGGACUGAGCCUGGCUCCAAGAAAAAGCAUGAAGCAACCAAAACUGACCUGCAGAACAACACAGGAACGUCAACUCUCUUUAUCAGUAACAUGAGGUCAGAUCACGCUGGAAGGUACAUCUGUACAGCGAAACAUCUGAACACAACUCUGACCACAUAUGCUGAUGUAACUGUGACUUGGUAUCGAAACAUAUCAAAUAAUUCAGGCUGUGAGAAGUUCAGUCAGUCGAAUGUUAUGACCUGUGUGUGUAUCAGUCAGGGGGUUCCCUUACCCACCAUCAAAUGGCCACUGUUGGAGAGCCACACAGGGUACUCUGUCAUUACUAUUGCGUUGAAUCACACGGUCAACAGCACCAUCACCCUGCCUGGAACAGACCACAGAAACACUGUUGUUGAGUGUGUCAGCAGUUAUGGAAAUGGAGAGGAAAAAGUAAACCUCAACAUCACAGAAACAAACAGGCAAGAGGUAAGUCCUGUGCAGCACUACAUACCUGCCUGUGCAGUCCUUCCCUGGGUCCUGGGUGUAUCUUUAAGUCUGAAUGUCUUCAGCAUCAUCUACGUGGUUUUCCUUUGGAGCACUAGAAGAAAGGUGAAACCACUUCAAGAGGACAGAACAUACAUGUCACUGAAGAAAAGAGAUCAAUCAGCAGAGUACGAUGUAAUUGGCCACCCUCAGCGCUGA